UUCAAAUAAGAUUGUCAUUUACGAGUUUAAGUGAUUAACGAUCCCUCUUCCGAACAAAUCUCGACUUUGCGAACAUUAAAAUGACGACUUUAUCACCAGCCACGUCGCCUGCACUGACGAUCAGCGAACUAGCGACGACUAUCACGGGUGGUGUGUCGGGUACGUUGCCCGAUGCCGACGAUGUCAGCACCACCGUGGCGGCGACGACAAUGAGUGGUUUUUCUUCUUCAACACAGGAAGCGAGUGAUAAUUCGGGAUGGUCCUCGGGUUUUGACGAUCAGGUUUGGAUCAAAUUCUGUUAUGGUGUGAUUGCUGUCCUCGGUAUCUUUGGUAAUUUCAUGGUAAUGUUCACUGUCGCACGUGUCCGAUCGUUGAGAACGCUUACUAACAUGUUCAUCGUUAGUCUGGCUGCAGCAGACUUCAUCACGUCGGUCUUUCUUAUUCCUCUACAUCUUGGUAAGUUAUAUUGAUUUGAUACUCUGCAGGGGCCGCGGAACGACCCCAGCUAGCCCCCCCCCCCC